CAACUUACAACUCACAUAACAUGAGAGGAAAACGUUCAAUCAUCCUUCACUUCUUUGCUUCAAGUGCCUAGUAUUUGAUGUUUUAUUUUUUUAGUCUCUCUUUUACUCCGCUAUUAUUUCCAUUCUUUGACCCACGAUUGGAAAUUAUUCACGUUCGGCAUUAGCUAGGACUUAUUAAAUACGAGACAGGGGGAGGAUCAAAGCACGACCAAACAAUUUUAGACUUAGGUUUUGACAGCCUGAACCGCGAUCCGCGAUCCGUGACAACCGUGAUAGAAUGUAAACCCAGUACCUAAUUCCAUCCAUCGCCAACACCGACACCGACAUCGACAUCGACACUGACAUCGAUACCAACACUGAUACCAACACCAACUAAUCCCUCCCUCGUCAUACACAACCGCCGUCGGAAAUAUGCCUCGAAGUCGGCCUGCUACCACAGGCUAUGAACGUCUCGCUCAAGCCGACCAGUUCAGCGAUGAAUCCGAUGAUGACAUCCUCGCUCAGAGUUCCGCUUCUCUCCAGCCUCAAUCAGCUCCACGAUUUGCACCCAUCAACCAACCGAGACCUCACUCGGGCAUGACCUCGCCCAAAGCUGUCCCGAAACCAAAGUACCGGCCGAAACGAAUGCGGAGUAAUUCUGGUGUUGACCUGAAGGCUAUCAACGCACGCUUGGAACGAUGGGCAGACGAAAUCGCUUCUAAAUUCAAAAGGGGGAAAGGAAAGGGUUCCCCCGGCGAAGAAGAGCGUCUUGAGAUUCAUUACAGCGUCUUUCAACCUCCCGAGGGUGUACGACCCGCGACAGCUGAGACCCUUGCCACUAUGCCCGAGCCUGAUAUGUCCAAGCAUGAAUUUGAAGCUAUCGUGGAGAGCGUGCGCGAUGCCAUUGACCAAGGCAUGCAUCCUAGUAUGAUCACUCAAGGGAGCUCGGGGAGUUAUUUUGCGCGGAAUACUGAUGGUAAGAUCGUCGGCGUUUUCAAGCCAAAGGAUGAGGAGCCGUAUGCCGCCGGAAAUCCAAAGUGGAACAAAUGGAUUCACAGGAAUCUGUUCCCUUGCUGUUUUGGUAGAGCAUGUCUAAUCCCCAAUCUCUCGUACGUGAGCGAAGCAGCAGCGUACGUCCUCGAUUGCCAGCUUCGUACCCAUAUCGUCCCUUAUACAGACGUUGUCUAUCUGUCAUCUAAGUCAUUCCAUUACCCAUAUUGGGACCGGCGAAGUUUUUACAGGAAGAAGAAGCCUCUUCCCUCGAAGCCGGGAAGUUUCCAAGUUUUUCUUAAAGGGUUCAAAGAUGCCAACGUAUUUCUGAGGGAACACCCCUGGCCGGAUCAAUAUUGGUCUAGCUUUCGUACAAACGACACCCACCGACACAAGCAAAGGAAAUGGGCGGAUAACUGCCGGCCUUCUAGUAGACGGGCCCGUAGUGAUGAUAGUGAGAGCGAGGAUGAGAAUGGCAUGCCUGAGCAGAGGCCUCUUGGACCGAAUAAUUUCAUGUGGACCGAAUCCCUAAAACAGGCAUUCCGGGAACAACUCGAAAAGCUCGUGAUUCUAGAUUACAUCAUGCGGAAUACGGAUAGGGGUCUCGACAAUUGGAUGGUUAAGGUUGACUGGGAAACUCAAGCAGUUUCAAUCGCAUCAGAACCCCCACAGCUUAACAUGGAUAUCCCAGAAGAAGACGAGGAAGCCCCAAGGCCGGUUGAACUACCGACGAGGAGUAUAUCCCGAAGUCCUAAUCCUUAUAAGACUCAAAAACCCAUGAACGCAGCCGGUACACGCAAGGUGCCUGAUCCUAAGAUAUCAAUCGGAGCGAUCGACAAUUCUCUGUCAUGGCCAUGGAAGCAUCCGGAUGCAUGGCGAAGUUUCCCCUUCGGUUGGCUCUUUCUCCCCGUUGAUCUUAUUGGGCGGCCUUUCUCCCAGAAGACCCGAGACCAUUUUCUCCCUCUUCUCACUUCUACGCAGUGGUGGAGCCAGACAUCGCUCGAACUGCGCAAAGUCUUCCAACUCGACCCGGAUUUCCAAGAGAAGAUGUUCUCCCGCCAGAUGGCAGUAAUGAAGGGGCAGGCCUGGAACGUCGUCGAGACGCUCAAAACCCCAGACCACGGUCCGCUGGAACUUACACGACGUGCGAGGGUAUGCGUCUGGGACGACCUGGUCGAAGUCCCAGUGGCCGUACCUAUGCGCGCUACAUCAUCCGACAUCCGCCGCAGGGCCGAAGCUGCCCGCGGAACGAUACAAGAGGAAAUGGAUAUUGGUGCAGCCAACUCAUCCUCAGCGCCCGCCAAUGUAGAUGACUUGCUUGGUUUCUCUAGCCCCCUACCGAACCCUGGCCGCUUCGAGCUCGCAAGCCCCCACGACCAAUCGCCGGACCGCACAGAGGCCCUUACUCCCAACGGCACGCCCCAGACCCUGUUCGACGCGCUCGCGAUCAACGAGGCGCCUGCCGCCAACCGCCCGAAACUCACACGUAACCCCAGGUCCAGUUACCAGGGUCCAGCCCGCGCACAGAUGAACAACAUGUACUCGCCGCGCCGCGAGCGUAGGUACUCGGCCACGACGACGAACACGCCCCGCAACGGAAAUGUCGCGGCUAAACUACUAUACGGAAACGGGUAUCUAGGAGACGAAGACGACGAAGAUAUUGAAGGAGAUUUGGGCUACGCGGCCGCGGAGACGAUGGAUGGGAAUAGGAGGAAAGUGAUUGUGGAGAGGCUUGAGACGGUGAAGGCUAGAAACCCGGUGUUUACUUGGUGUUAAUGGAGGAUGAUGUGUGAUGGGUUCUAUCUGCUGAUGGGCAAGUGAGCGUUGCUAGUCUCAAAGCUCAGCAAAAUGUUGCGAGAAGUGAAAAGAAAGAAAAAUAGAAGAAAAAGGAGAGGGGUGAUUGGACUCCGAUCUACCGACGACGAGGUGACAUCGUAUGAGCUGCUCGAAAGAAGAUGAAGAAAAGAGUCGGCUAGGAAGAGCAACCGAGAGCAUCUCACUAUCCUACAUUCUACGUGGGUAGUCGAGGUGCGUGUAAUGAAUAAAAGAAGGGCAUGGAAGCGGGAGUAUUGAAUUGCGUUCAAUUGUAUAGCCUAUGGAUACUAACGUAGACGGCUCAAGGAAUUGGGUUCACCGAGUGUACAACAAAACAAACUACAGUAGACACCAGAUAGCACAGCAUUGGCAUAGGCAUGGCAGGUUACGAAAUCUAUUACACUUACGGCGCAUAUUCAUACCCAA